AUGCUCGAUCACCAGCUACCAACUGGCUCCUCUGCCAUAGCCAUAUGGACACUACGCAUAGCUCAGUCUACGCCCCCCACACGGCCAACUGGACUCCCCACAGAUAAUUUUGUGCUCAGGCCCAACCGGUGGCCGGACAGCGGUGGCGGUGGCGGCGGCGGCGGUGGGGGCAACGGCGGCUACCGCCCCUGGGAGCACAAGAAGCCCCACUACGACUACAGCCACGGGGGCGGCGGCGGCGGCGGCGGCCUGCGCCCCAGCGGCGGGGGCGGCGGUUACGACUCGCACCGCCACCCGCCCUCGCACCCCGACGAGAGCGAGGGCCAGUGGGUGCUCGUCUCCAGCACCAAGGGGUUCGCCGUGCCGCACCGCCACCGCAUCUUCCAGCGCGCGCUGGCCAUCAGCGCGAAGCCGCUGACGUCGCGGCGCACGGUGGAGAGCACCUUCCAGUCGGUGGAGGAGGAGCAGCAGCAGCAGGAGCUGCAGCACCACCUGCAGCACCACCGCCCCGCGGCCCCCCACUACGUGCCGGUGCACGCGCCCUCCUACCGCCCCGUGCAGCACCAGCCGCCGCCCCCGCCGCCCUCGCUGCGCCCCACGCACAACGACGUGACGCCGCUCGUGGAG